GAGGUAACCGUUGUGAGACGGAUCUGUUUGAAGGACGGAACCUAAACAGCCACGUAGGAUAGGCAGGAGCACGUCUAAGGUUCACCAAGGACUGAAGCCGCCGGCACCAUCCAGGCCAGCCUGCAGUCUCAACCAAAGUUUACCGAGCAUGAAGUAAAGUUGAAUUGCACUAGUGAGGCCCAGCUUAUUUUUUAAUGGAUGCUAGAACAGCAUCUGUAUUUCAAGAGAUAUGGAAAAUGGAAACAAUGAAACGGCCUCAAUCGAGGCCAUCCCUCAGCAGCUGAAUGCACAACAUCCAGACAGCAAUACUGUAGAAUCUCUGAAGUCGGAGAUAUCAGCCGUAACAGAGAAAAUCCCAAAUGGUCAUGUCCAAGCAGAGCUGUUGCCAAACGGAGAGGCCGUGGUGGAGGGUCAGGAAGCUCACGGAGGCAGAACCCCACCUCUGGCAACUCCUCCCCUGGGCAGCCGCCUUGCCGACUCCCCCCUGAGCGCACAGCUGGAUCCAGGUGUGGCCUCUUUCCCUGACAGCCUAGAGAAGUCUGAGGCAGCUCUUGCAGAGGGCUCUAUUCACAAGGGUGACGCAUUGCAAUCGCUCAGACUAAGUAUUCCUAUGCAGGAGACCGAAUUGUCUUCAAAAGAGCCGUCAGUGGAGAUGGAAAAUGAAGAAAAGAUUCGCCAGGAAGCUCGUCGGCGUCUAGAGGAACAGCUCAAACAAUACAGAGUACAGCGGCACACAGAGAGAACCAGGCGGUCCACUCCUAAGAGCCGCCUAUUUAGCACUUUGGACCCAGAGCUCAUGCUCCAUCCCGAGGGUCUCCCAAGGGCCAGUACUGUUUCCAUGACUAAGGAAUACUCUUUCCUGCGCACCAGCGUUCCUCGUGGUCCCAAACUGGGAAGCCUAGGAAUCCCUUCCAGCAAGGAGAAGAAAUCCAAAUCAUCUCGUUCCAGCAAGAUCCACUCUCUCGCUGACUACAAAACUCCCGAAUCUGACUUUAAAAGCGCAGAAGCACCUGGUGGGGUACUUUCUGCGUCUGCCGACUCAUCGUUUAGCUCGCUGCAUUCCUCCAUGAGCUCAGUUUCCACCAUUUCACAAAUCAGCUCUGAGACCAACAGCCAUUUGGAAACAUCUCAGCUAAUCCGAGACAACGUCUCUGAGGUGGAUGGCAGCGAAUCAGGUUUCAGAGCUGACGGCAAUGACAGUGAUAGUUCGUCCUAUAGCAGUGUGUCUACCACAGGGACAUAUAGUAUGUUAGCUGCAAUAGCGAAUAAGCCAAAGGCUCCAUAUACUGUUGAAGGGCGAGAGAUUGCUCCAGAAGCCAUGGGCCACUUUCCAUCACUGCAGGAAGUCCUGCAGGCAGCCACUGAAGAGAGACACAUGGAAGAGCUGGAGCAGGACAGCGUAGAGCCUCGCAGUCGCAGGGACAGCUUCUCCAGCAGUGUGUCAUUUGGGAGUUCUGUGAUGGGGACUCAUGAUGAGAUGCUGCAAGUGCUAAAAGAGAAAAUGAGGUUAGAAGGACAAUUGGAGUCUCUUUCAUCUGAGGCCAGUCAGGCUCUGAAAGAAAAAACAGAGCUCCAGGCACAGCUGGCUACAGUAAAUGCUCAGUUGCAGGUCCAAGUGCAGCAAACCCAGGCCAGUCAGGAGAGGCAGAGCACCCUCACCUCUGAGGUCACCACGCUACGCUCCAACUGCUCUGCACUGGAGAAGGCUAUGGUGGAUCUCCAGGGCAAUCUGGAGGGGAAGAACGCCAGCCUGGCCUCACUGGGCAAUGACCUGCAGCUGGCUGAAGAGCAGUACCAGAGGCUGAUGGUCAAAGUGGAGGAGAUGCAGGAGAGCCUGAAUACCAGAGACAACACAGUCUCUGAGUUCCGGCAGCAGAUGGUAGGCCUGCAGACACAGCUUCAGCGGGUCCAGAGCGAGAGGAACGCUCUGCAGAGCAGACUGAAGACCUCGCAGGCGGAAGUGGACUCCCUGCAGCAGCUCCGCAUCUGGUACCAGCAACAGCUGAGUAUGGCACAGGAGGCACGUGUGCGACUGCAGGGAGAGAUGGCAAACAUGCAGGCUGGUCAAAUGACUCAGAUUGGUGUGUUGGAAAAUCUGAAGAUGGAGAACGUUACUCUGUCUCACAAACUCACAGAGACGAACCAUCGCUCUAUAAAAGAGAAGGAACGAAUUGCUGUACAGCUGCAGAGUAUAGAGGCGGACAUGUUGACUCAAGAAGCAUCCAUACAUCAAAUCCAAGAGGCAAAGACGAUGGUGGAGGAAGAUCUUCAGCACAAGCUGGAAGAGUUUGAGGAGGAGCGAGAGCAUCUUCUCAAACUCGCUAAUACAGCCACAACACUGGAGAGAGAGCUAGAGCAGGUCAAACUCGUUCUCUCCCAGAAAGACGCCCAGCUGGAGCUGUUACAGCGUGAGCACCUAGAGCUGAUGAAGCAGCUCACCACUACUCAGGACAACCUCCAAACCAAAGAACAGGCCCUUAAUCAGCUGGAGGCCCGUUACCAGGAGCUCCAGGCCCAGCUGGAGGAGCUACAAACUGACGCCACAGCUAAAGAGGAAACCCUGCAGUAUCUCCAAAAUGAGAAAAUAGUCCUGGAAGUGGCUCUGCAGGCAGCACGGGCAGAUAAGAGCGAACUGGAUGAUGGAGCAGAAAGGCUUGGAGAGGAAGUGCUGUUGGCCUCAGACACACUUGACCAGCUUAGACAGGAAGUGCAGGUUAAAGCAACCCAGAUUGAAGCUCUAAAGCAAGAGAAUGGCACCCUCAAAAAACAAGCACAGAAACUGAAAGAGCAGUUCAUGCAGCAAAAGGUGAUGGUCGAAGCUUACCGGAGAGACGCCAGCUCCAAAGACCAGUUGAUCUCUGAGUUGAAGGCUUCUAAAAAGCGUCUGGUGGUGGAGGUGAAGGACCUGAAGCAGGAGCUGUUAAGAAUGGAGGGAGAAAAGAAGAGUGCAGAGCAGGAACAGGAUCGCCUUCAGAAGGAAGUGGAGAGAGUCCAGCAGCAGAUGAACAGCCUGGAAGCCCAUUUACUAUCCGUACAGACAGAGAGAGACCAACUUGACUCUCAACUGCAGUCCCUUCAGUUUGACCAGAACCAUCUGGCAUCCGUGACCGAAGAGAAUGAAAAUCUGAGGAAGAGGAUUGAACAAAUGCAAGAUGAAGCCAAGACCGCCAUCUCAGAGCAGAAGGUGAGGAUGAAGCGUUUGGGCACAGAUUUGACCAGUGCGCAGAAAGAUAUGAAGGCCAAGCAUAAGGCCUAUGAGAAUGCAGUUGGCAUUCUGAGCCGAAGGCUACAGGAAGCUCUCGCCGCCAAAGAGACAGCUGAGGCUGAACUUGACAAACUCAAAGCUCAGGUUUCAGAGGGAGGAAAUAGCCUGGAAUUUCAGGCCAAGGUGGAGUCCCUGAAGAGAGAACUGGAAGCAGUGAGCCAGAGUAAAGCCAUGCUGGAGAAAGAGCUACAGGAGGUCAUCAACCUCACCAGCACUGAGCUGGAGGAAUAUCAGGAGAAAGUGAUGGAACUGGAAGACGAGCUCCAAGAGUCACGAAAUUUUAAAAAGAGAAUUCGUCGCAUGGAAGAUGCUAAUAAGAAGCUUACCCUUGAGCUAGAGCAUGAGAAAGGAAAACUCUCUGGGCUUGGAAAAUCCCACAGUGCAUUGCGGGAACAUGCCAAUAUUCUAGAGGCUGCACUGGCCAAGAGAGAAGCAGAUCUUGUCCAGCUCAACUUGCAGGUUCAGGCAGUAUUAAAGCGUAAAGAAGAGGAGGACCAGCAGAUGAGACAGUUGGUGCAAACGCUGCAGACUGCUCUGGAGAAGGAGAAAAUAAAAGUCAAGGAUCUGACAGAGCAGGUGGCGGAGGCCAAGCUGGAGGCAGCCCAUAACCGCAGGCAUUACAGGGCAGCCAUGCUGGAGCUCAGCGAGAUCAAGAAAGAUCUGCAGGCCAAAGAGGAGCUUGUCAAAGCCCUGCAGAAAGAGGCUAAGACACUUGCAGCUCAAGAUGAGAAGCACUCCGAGGAGGUUUCUCAUUUUCAGGAGGAAUUAGCUGAUGCUCAUGCUCAACUCCAGAUCCUUCAAAAACAACUUGAUGAUGAGCUCAACAAACAACCCCUCACUAACCAAGAGGUGGAGGAUCUGAAGUGGGAGGUGGAGCAGAGGCAGCGGGAGAUCGAGACACAAAAACAGCAGCUGGAGAUGGUGGAACAGUGUCACCAUAGAGAGAUGGACACCCUGCAGGACAUGCUACAGAGGAUAAAGGUGGAGCUGGAGAUGGUGCAGGAGGAUCUCAACGGCACGAGGAAGGAUAAAUUCAUGCUGCAGGCUAAAGUGGGAGAGCUGAGGAGCAGCAUGAAGACUGUUCUUCAGCAGAACAACCAGCUCAAACAGGAUCUCAAAAACAGCAGGCUCAGAAAGCGGAUGGAUCUAAAGGGGGAAUCGACCCCUGUGACGCCAGUAAAAAUCCCAGACUGCCCUGUUCCUGCUUCACUUUUGGACGAACUGUUGAAACCCUCAACAUCCGUCAAUAAAGAACCUCUCAAUAAUCUCCACAACUGUCUGAGACAGCUAAAGCAGGAGAUGGACAGCCUUCAGAAGCAGAUGGAGGAACACACGGUCACAGUGACGUCAUUAGCCAGCGCAGAGGAGGAGCUCCAAAAACUAGGGUUUCAUGACACUAUCAGCAACGAUUCGUCUAAUAAAGCAGAGAAUGAAGAGCUACCGGGGGAGAUGCAGCCCUCGUAAUACACAAAGGAUCCUUAAAGACACUGAGGAGAGAGUUCGGUUUUAUCUUCAUGGGCACUUUUAGGUUUCUUUGUUUAUUUUCUCGAAUCAACUGCCAACAUUUGGCUUUAUCCUUAUCUAACCAAGAUUAUUUGGGUGUUACAAAGUGUUUCUCUAUACCACAGCUUUAUUUUUGGGGGGUCGUUUUGGUGUAAUUACUUUUAUCACUAUUUAUUUUCAGUUUGCUGAAUAGAGCUGCUCUCUCUCUAUCUGUUUAUCUCGCUUGCAGUUUCACAGUAGUCACCCACCUGACGUUCAGCUUUGAUUUAGUUUUCUUUCUCAUCUCAUUAGAGGUGCAGAAAGAGGUUUGUGAGUGCUACUGUAGGCUGCUUAGCCCCCCCUCAAUCUGAUCUACAGCAAACAUCCAGUGACCUAUUGACCUAACUGGUCAGGUGUAUAUUCUACAUAUCCGUCUGGUGGUAGUUCUCACUUCCUGCAUGGAGAAUUCAGCAGCUGAACUGUUCUUCCAUUCCUCUGUGCCUGUGAAUGAGCUGACCUCUCAUUCCAUCACUGGACAGAUGCCUGAUCUAGAGCUGUUCCCUGCAAUAUAAUGCAAAUACUAUGAAAAACAACACAAUGUAAGUCCCCAUAUCAAGCUUUUUAAAGCACAGAUCAACCCGGAAUGUUUUGUUUUUCCAAAAAACGGAUUUUAAAUCAGCAUUCUUUAGUUUUUCCAGGCCUCAAAUCAAGUCUAGAGCGAUGCCAACUUAAUAUCUACAUGUACUCUGCACUGUGUUCUGCGUUACCCUAUUUAGGACCACUGUUUUGUAACGCACUGUAACGGGACCUUGAGGUUGCACUUACAAUAUUAUUCUUCACAUCACAGUCUCUUUCUGAUUCAAACUCAGGACCUGAAGCCCCAGGAAUGUACGUGUGAGACUGGGGAAAUAGUGGCCCUUUCUGUACAGGGUAAUAUCUCAUACAUCAGGUCAUCCAAUAUCAGCUAAUAUCUGUUUUCUGUCUACGGUUUGCAGAUGUGAGAUCCCAUAGAAAAGGUCUUGAUAACAGCUGUCAAAGUUUGACUAGUUCUCUUUAGGGCUGCGCCUUAAAAUUGAUCAAUUAUGGAAACCUUUAAAUACUACUAAAAAUGUAUAGCUUGAAUGAACCUAUAAAUAAAUAUUUCUGUCUGAGAGAUCUUGGGAAAUAAUGUAAAAUUGGCUGAAUGUGCUCUUGAAAGUAGUGUUGAGUGUGUUGUAUGUAUAUUUAUAAUAUAUAUGGAAGGUGUUGACUUAUAUUGCACAAUUGAUAAAAGAAAACAAGCUUACUGACUUUCAGGUAUUGACAGAUGUAAAAUAUUACUUUUUGAUGGAGAGAUCUUGCCAUUUUUUUGCCAGUGUUGAUACUAUGUUCACUUAUUUAAGAAAAAAAAAAUGCAUCCCAUUAUUCUCAUGGAUAGUUUGUCAUUACAGCCUUAAUUAUUGGAGAUGUAUGCAAAUAUAUUUUGAAUAAUGUAUCUUAAUUGGGUGUAAUAUUUUUUUCUUUCUUUCCCCUGAUGUGUUCAUUUCACAAACUCCAUCUGUUGGUUGUUUAUGUGGAGCUGAACUUAAAUUUGUAAUUGGCUUGAACUGUUUUAAAUGUGUUCUGAGAUAAUGACAUUGAUCUCCAUGUACGGUGAUAACCUUAAUACUGCUUUAAAUGACAUAAUGGGAAAUGAAGCUUUACACGCUAAUGUACAUUUAUAUUCAAAUGAUUAAUACAUACGCAUUCAGCAAAAGGGAGGACACGGUUUUUAAUUCACUGAAACCGUAAUGUGUGUUAAUUACUGUACUGACUAAAAGCACGAGUUUCUGUUCAAUGUUUACAAAAAAGUUUGACUUAAUUCUUUGCUUGCUAAGAAUUUUUAUGGGAUGUACCAUAUUGAGUGUAAAAUAAAAAUCAUUCUGUAAAAUGA